GAAUGUCUGCGCAGAGGAGGUGCUCGUGUUGGUUUAACAAGUUAAACAACGUUGUUUCUGUCAAACAUCUUGUCAAACAAGUGCGCGGAGUGACAAGUGAAGUGUGUUUACAUCUGCUUCGUAGCUUCACCAUGGAUCGCUCUCUGUUGAAGGCUGAAGAUGAGCCGGUGAAAACCGUCUUGUUUGAGAGGGAGCCAGGUGGUGUGACCUACAGAAUCCCUGCUCUUGUUUACCUGCAGCACAGCAAAACCUACCUGGCUUUUGCUGAGAAGAGAGCCUCGUCCAAGGACCAGGAUGCAAAGGUUUUGGUGAUGAGAAGAGGCACGCUGAAUGAGGACGGGACUGUGGAGUGGUCGCCCAUUCAGGAGUUGAGCACGGCACGUUUGCCACAUCACCGCUCAAUGAAUCCUUGCCCUGUGUUUGAGAAAACAAACAGAAAGCUGUUUUUAGUUUUCAUCUGUGUCCUGGGAUCCACCCCGGAGUGCUGGCAGAUUAGGACCGGUAAGAACAAGACACGCUUAUGCUGCGUCACUAGCAGCGACGACGGUCGGACCUGGAGUCCAGUGAGGGACUUGACAGCCGAGGCAGUUGGGGGUGAAUUACGCAACUGGGCGACAUUUGGGGUGGGACCAGGACACGGGGUUCAGCUGGAGAACGGAAGGUUGGUCGUCCCGGCCUACACCUAUUACAUUUUAACAAGAAUUUGGUUCACCUCGAUACCUUGGACAGUCCAUUCCUACGCGCUGUCCGUGUACAGUGAGGACUGUGGUGAGACGUGGCGUGUGGGAAGAAAGCUGGAUCAAGAGUCAUGUGAGUGUGAAAUGGCAGAGGUCAUCGACCAGGCCGGGGGGAGCCACCUGUACUGCAACGCCCGUCGCUCAGGGGGUCACAGGUGCGAGGCUGUCAGUGAAAAUAGUGGCACUUCCUUCAACAAACCUCAUCUGGCUCAAGAGCUGGUGGAACCGCGGUCUGGUUGUCAAGGCAGUGUCGUCAGUUUCCCGCCGCCCAAAUCCCUCACUAGUGAUGAGACUGACUCCAGGUCAGAUGGGACCCAAACCUGGCUCCUCUUCAUGCACCCCACUCACAAGAGCGACAGGCUGGACAUGGGUGUGUAUUUGAACCGCUCUCCUCUGAACCCGUCAGGAUGGGACAAACCCAAAAUCAUCCACAGAGGACCCAGCGGGUACUCGGACCUGGCUUACUGCAGGGACACCAACCGCUUUUCAUGUCUGAUGGAGUGUGGAACACGGAGUGAACUGGAGCACAUAGCCUUUGCGUCUUUCACUCUCAGUGAGGUCAUGCAGACAGGAAGUGAGCAGGAGAACAUGGAAUAAUACUUUUUCCUCAUUGUAAUUUCAUAAAGCUCUUAUCCACACUGAAUCAUUCUGAUCAAAUACCUGUUACUGAGUUCAGUAAAUUAUCCUCCAGUAGCUGCUGAUUCAAAGAGGCCACAUCUGUGAUUUAUGCCUCAUAUUGUGUCUAAAUAGUUCUUCUUCUUUUAAGCCUGUUUUAUACAUCUGUAUUAUGUAUAUACUGUCAAAAUGUAGCAGUGAUGUGUUGAUUAACAUCAUGAAAUUGCUAUCACAAUAAACAGUCUCAUAUAUGGGAGUGUUAAGCUGUGUAAAGCUGAUUCAUGUAAAAUAGUGCAAUAAAACUGAA